UGUGUGGGUUUCAACAGACCACGAUGAAAUUGAGAAUGUGGCCAAACAGUUCGGUGCACAGGUUCAUCGAAGAAGUUCUGAAACGUCCAAAGACAGCUCUACCUCACUAGACGCCAUCGUAGAAUUCCUUAAUUAUCACAAUGAGGUUGACAUUGUGGGGAAUAUCCAAGCCACAUCUCCAUGUUUACAUCCCACUGACCUCCAGAAAGUUGCAGAAAUGAUUCGAGAAGAAGGAUAUGACUCUGUCUUCUCUGUUGUGAGGCGCCAUCAGUUUCGAUGGAGUGAAAUUCAGAAAGGAGUUCGUGAAGUGACUGAGCCCCUGAACUUGAAUCCAGCUAAACGGCCUCGUCGACAAGACUGGGAUGGAGAGUUAUAUGAAAACGGCUCAUUUUAUUUUGCUAAAAGACAUUUGAUAGAGAUGGGUUACUUACAGGGUGGAAAAAUGGCUUAUUAUGAAAUGCGAGCUGAGCAUAGUGUGGAUAUAGACGUGGACAUUGACUGGCCAAUUGCAGAGCAAAGAGUUUUGAGAUUUGGCUAUUUUGGAAAAGAGAAACUGAAGGAGAUAAAGCUUUUGGUUUGCAAUAUUGAUGGAUGUCUCACCAAUGGCCACAUUUAUGUAUCAGGAGACCAAAAAGAAAUAAUCUCUUACGAUGUCAAAGAUGCUAUUGGCAUAAGUUUGUUAAAGAAAAGUGGUAUUGAGGUGAGACUCAUCUCAGAAAGGGCCUGCUCCAAACAGACACUCUCCGCCUUAAAGUUGGACUGCAAAACGGAAGUCAGCGUGUCAGACAAGCUGGCCAUCGUGGAUGAGUGGAGGAAGGAGAUGGGGCUGUGCUGGAAAGAGGUGGCCUAUCUCGGCAAUGAAGUAUCUGAUGAAGAAUGCCUGAAGAGAGUGGGCCUUAGUGCUGUUCCUGCUGACGCCUGCUCCGGGGCCCAGAAGGCUGUGGGGUACAUUUGCAAAUGCAGUGGUGGUCGGGGAGCCAUCCGGGAGUUCGCAGAGCACAUUUUCCUCCUGAUAGAAAAGGUUAAUAACUCAUGCCAAAAAUAGAAAUCAGUGUCAUGUGAGGGACAGGCUUGGCUUUUGUUUUGAUCACAUCCCAUGGUGUAAUUUGCAGACUCGUGAUCUGAUUUGUGAGAUACCUGACUCUUUUCAAAGAGGUUCUCAAAUCAUUGUCGCAGAACCCACGAGAUAAUUAUGUCUGCUUUCCUCUGGUGCAAGGUUAUUACUGAGGGAUCGAUCUAGUGUUCCUCAGACUUUUAGUAAAUGCAAGUCAGACAUCAUAAACAAUCAACUUUGUGUUGUACCCUGUCAAACUGUGUUUGUGUGGUUUUAAUGAUGCUGAGGUUUUAUUUAUUUUAAGGCAGUGUGUCUGGCAAGACAAACUAUGUCGAUUAAUAAAGUUCAUAAACUUGA